AUGAUCUUCCCGCCACAAAUCAUGAUCGACUACUUCGAAUGGGAAUUCCUGUACCACGUGUGGCUGCGUUACGUACCGUACCUGUACUCAUUCAGUCGCAUCGUCACGGUCGCUUCCAGUUACUUGAUCGUGUUUUGUUCCCUGGAACGGUACUUGGAAGUGAUUCAAGUCAGACGGAAGAAAGUGUUCAUCAACGUCACUCACCGUCAGCGUUAUAUCAACAUUACGUUCAUCGUGAUGCUGAGCAUUUUGUUCCGGAUCAUCUCCAUCUGGGAGGUUGAGUUAGUGACUCGACCAGGCUGCACCGGCUUCGCGUCGGAAGCUCUAGAUCUGACCCCGCUGGCGCAAAACUAUUACUAUCGCAAGAUUUAUCAACUGUGGCUGGUCCACUUGUUUCAGAUAUUCUUUCCGUUCACCAUUCUGGUCAUAGCCAACGUGCUGAUCAGCGUCGGCUGGAAGAAAGUGGCGCGAGGGUCGUCGACCGCCAUCAAGAAGCCGUACUCAGAAAUAAGGCACAGCACUAGCACUGCCCGCCGCAUGCUAAUCGCUAUUGUCACCACGUACCUGAUCAGCAACCUGCUUAACGUCAUCAUGACCAUUUGGGAACACGUUGAUCAACAGUACUUGCUGUCGCAUCAAGAGUUUUACUCUUUCUCUACCGACGUGGUCAGCAUUCUCACGUCGCUAAACGCUUCUCUGAGAUUGCCCAUUUACUUCUUCACCAACUGGAGAAUCAGGAAGGGACUGAGAAAGUUUUGGCGAAAGGCAUGCAGAAAGGCGUCUGUCUUAGCACUGGUUCAAUUUAAUUUGACUUGA